GUCCAGGGAGAAAGGGCUGUUUCAAGAGCAACAGUUCCCAGCGCCCCGUAAAAUACGACCCCCGCCUCCUCUGGUGCAUUGCUUUCCCAGUCUCUCGCGCGCUGGCUCUUCGGUGGGAUUAGAAGCUUCUUGGCAGCGGCAGCAGCCAUGAAUUCAGCUGAGCAAACCGUUACAUGGCUGAUCACCCUGGGGGUGCUGGAGUCGCCCAAAAAAAGCAUCUCCGACCCGGAGGGGUUUUUGCAGGCAUCUCUGAAAGACGGGGUGGUUCUUUGCAGACUGCUGGAUCGCCUGCUACCGGGUACCAUAGAUAAAGUUUAUCCGGAGCCGCGCACCGAGAGCGAGUGCCUGAGCAAUAUCCGCGAGUUUCUUCGGGCAUGCGGCGCCACCCUUCGCCUGGAGACCUUUGAUGCAAAUGAUCUCUACCAAGGACAGAACUUCAGUAAAGUGCUUAGUUCCUUGGUGGCACUAAAUAAAGUAACAGCAGAUAUUGGUUUAGGGAGUGAUUCUGUGUGUGCAAGGCCAUCAUCUCACCGGAUAAAGUCUUUUGAUUCCUUGGGAUCCCAGUCUUUACACAGUAGAACUUCAAAACUUUUUCAAGGCCAGUAUAGAAGUCUGGAUAUGACAGAUAACAGCAACCACCAACUAGUGGUAAGAGCUAAAUUUAAUUUUCAACAGACAAAUGAAGAUGAACUUUCUUUUACAAAAGGAGAUAUUAUCCAUGUUACAAGAGUAGAAGAAGGAGGCUGGUGGGAAGGAACUCACAAUGGCAAAACAGGAUGGUUUCCCAGCAAUUAUGUGCGAGAAGUGAAAUCCAGUGAAAAACCUGUCUCUCCCAAAUCAGGAAGCUUGAAAAGUCCUCCGAAAGGGUUUGAUACAACUGUUAUUAGCAAAAGCUAUUACAAUGUGGUGCUACAGAAUAUUCUGGAAACAGAAAAUGAAUAUGCUAAGGAAUUACAGAUGAUGCUUUCUAGCUAUCUACGACCCUUGCAAACUAGUGAAAAAUUAAAUUCUGCAGAUACUUCAUAUUUAAUGGGAAACCUAGAAGAAAUUAGUUCUUUUCAACAAAUGCUUGCGCAGUCUUUAGAAGAAUGCACUAAGUUGCCUGAAGCCCAGCAGAAGGUUGGGGGUUGUUUUCUAAAUCUCAUGCCACAAAUGAAAAACUUGUACCUUAUGUAUUGUGCCAAUCAUCCAUCUGCAGUAACUGUUCUUACAGAACACAGUGAAGAGUUAGGAGAGUUCAUGGAGCUAAAAGGAGCCAAUAGCCCUGGGAUUCUUGUACUGACCACAGGCCUGAGCAAACCUUUUAUGCGUCUAGAUAAAUAUCCCACAUUACUCAAAGAGCUUGAAAGACACAUGGAGGAUUAUCAUCCUGACCGACCAGACAUUCAGAAAUCCAUGACAGCUUUCAAAAAUCUUUCUGCACAGUGCCAAGAAGUACGGAAAAGAAAAGAACUUGAACUCCAGAUAUUAACUGAAGCCAUCCGGUGCUGGGAAGGAGAAGACAUUAAAACAUUAGGAAAUGUAAUUUACAUGUCACAAGUCAUGAUUCAGUGUGCUGGCAGUGAGGAAAAAAAUGAAAGAUACCUUCUUCUCUUCCCUAACAUUUUGCUGAUGUUGUCUGCCAGCCCAAGGAUGAGUGGGUUUAUCUACCAGGGAAAGCUUCCAUUAACAGGGAUGACCAUCACAAAACUAGAAGACAGUGAAAAUCACAGAAAUGCAUUUGAAAUAUCAGGCAAUAUGAUAGAGCGGAUAUUGGUAUCUUGUAAUAAUCAACAAGAUUUGCAUGAGUGGGUAGAUCAUCUGCAGAAACAAACCAAAGUAACAACUGUUGGAACUCCUGCAAUUAAACCACAUUCUGUUCCUUCUCAUACGCUUCCAUCUCAUCCUGUAACACCUUCUAGCAAGCAUGCAGAUAGCAAGCAAAUGCCGAUGACUCCUGUCUAUCAUACCCUUCCACACCCUUCACAUCAUGGGACACCUCAUACCACUAUAAACUGGGGACCACUGGAGCCUCCUAAAACUCCUAAGCCAUGGAGUUUGAGCUGUUUACGACCUGCACCUCCAUUAAGGCCUUCAGCAGCACUCUGUUAUAAAGAGGAUCUCAGCAAAAGCCCUAAAACCAUGAAAAAACUGUUGCCCAAGCGAAAACCAGAACGGAAACCAUCAGAAGAAGAAUUUGCUCUGAGAAAAAGUACAGCUGCUUUAGAAGAAGAUGCUCAGAUUCUAAAAGUCAUUGAAGCUUAUUGCACAAGUGCCAAAACACGUCAAACAUUAAACUCAACAUGGCAAGGCACUGACCUGAUGCAUAAUCACGUCUUGGCUGAUGAUGACCAAUCCAGUCUAGAUUCCUUGGGUCGUCGCAGUAGCCUUUCUCGUUUGGAGCCUUCCGACCUCUCUGAAGACUCUGACUAUGACAGUAUAUGGACAGCUCAUAGUUACAGAAUGGGCUCUACAUCUCACUCCCGUAAAGAAUCUGCUCCCCAAGUACUACUUCCAGAGGAAGAGAAAAUUAUUGUAGAAGAAACAAAAAGUAAUGGUCAAACUGUGAUAGAAGAAAAAAGUCUUGUUGACACAGUAUAUGCAUUGAAGGAUGAAGUACAGGAAUUAAGACAGGAUAAUAAAAAGAUGAAGAAAUCACUGGAAGAAGAGCAAAGAGCUCGCAAGGAGCUUGAAAAGCUUGUCCGGAAAGUUCUAAAGAGUAUGAACGAUCCUUCUUGGGAUGAAACCAAUUUAUAAAAUAUAUAUAUAUAUUAUUGAUUUUUUUCUUUCUAUUGAAAGACCAGUUGUCAAAUCUAAUUGUGGAAGCCUUCUGAUAUUUAGUCAGUGUUGCGUAUAGAGCACUACAAAUCAGGAUUUAACUGGAUUGAAUUAUGUUUAUAUAUAUAAUAAAAUUCAGUCCAUUUAUGAAGCUGUCUUUACUUAAGUGCAGAUAGUGUGGAUCCUGAACUUGACCUAUCUUUACUUAUUUCCAUUUAAACUGCCUCAUUUUGCAGCAAUUGCAGCAGUUGGCUAAGAAAUCCAUGCCCCUCUUGUAAAUAUUUGUAAUUUUGAACGUGUAUGUGAUCAAUGUAUCAGGACUGAUAUAGUAUUCUAUUGUCUUCCUGUAAGCAGCAAACAUAGCAGUGGCUGAUGCUAUGCUCCUAGCAUUCACUGAAAAUGAUAUACUAGUAGAUGAAUUGUUUUGAAUUUUUCAUUCUCAGGCAUCAGAUAGAAAACAUUUUUGGUAAUUCCCAGCAUAUUUCCCAGUAUUCAGUCUAUUUUAAUAAUUUAAUUAAAUUUAUUUAUGUCUGUUUAAACCUUCAGACACCAUUUUAACAUAAAUUUUAAAACUACCGACUGUCAAUGCAGUAAACUGUCAAUUGACAUCAUUUCAUAUUAAAGGUAAAUAUUUUAAAAAUCAAAGCUUAUAUGUUUCUUUUCGGCAUGUUAAAAUGCAGAAUAGUCAGGUUAAGUCAAAUGUGCUUGCUCUUAUUUUAGUGGCUAGUUCUUAGAUAAUUUAUAUAUUAGUUUGCAGUAGCUGUGCAUAUAUUAAACAACUAGCGAAUGUUCUAAUGAAUCACUCGGUACUGUUAUCAAAAGAGAAGUCAAUGAUGUGUGAGUUUGUUUUGGGAAAUAAAUGUAUUAUUUAUUUUUUUAGCAUGAACAUAGCAAGUUUUAGGUUAACAUAUGUCUGUAGUGCUCUAGAGACAAAUCUUAAACCUUAUUUUACUGUGUAAAUAUAAUCUUUUUUUUCCUUCCACAAUUUAAACAAAAUAAUAGUCCCCUGACUUCCAUUCUAUUUAUAGCAACCAGCCGUGUCUGUAACUUUAUGUUGGUUGUUUGAAAUGUAUGUAGAUAUAGGAAAGUACAUAUGGAUUCUUUUAAAUUACAUUUUGGUCAUGUAAUAUAAAGUUCCAAAUAGGUUUGCACAUACUUUUUCAAGAUAUUUGGUAUUUGAAGUCAAUUAAUGAAAACCUAAACCUAGCUACAGUAUUUUAAGAAUAACUUUCUGCUGAAUUUAGGCAGGUAUAUACUAAGAAUAAUGCACAAACUGUAUGUGUGCUAAAAGCAGCUUUCUUAUUUUCAAUUCUCUUCCUGCUUAUUAGAUAGUAUAAAACUCUUAUAUUCUGCUUAGAAGUGUGAUGGCCCUGAAAAAAAAGGGGAAUAAAUCAAUUCUUUUAAAAUAAAGCCAGUCUCUCAGUAUUGGAUUUCAUAUUAUGGGGAGAGAAACAUAUUCUCCUUCCCUACCAGUCUUUUUUACAUUUUUAUUUUUUUACAUUCCACAUCUUUAGCUCAGAAAAUUCUGUUAUCUUCAGCCUGGAAUAGGGAAAAACCUUCAAAAUUCAGCUAAAUGACCAAGGGUAGGGGAAAUCUUUAUCAUAUUUAUAUCACAUUAUAGAUUUUAAAUUGCUUCAUGUAAUGGGGGGGGAGGGUGAGAAUUCAGCAUGGCCAUAAUAUUAGAAGGGCAGUUCUGUGUUUGUUAUAAUUUAUAAUUGUACAAUUCUUGUAUUCAGCAAAAUAGUAAAACAUGUCUCCGCCAUUCAUGAAGCAUUAAAAUUUGAGCUGUGUAUUAUUUCUCAGUGAUGACAUCUUGAAAUAUUUACUGAAAAUUGUCAAGACUGCUGUCAUGGCAGAGGGCAUAGGUGGAUUCUUAUUUUAUAAAAUAGCUUAUUCAACCUUAAUUUUAAAAAUAAAAUUAAGGUGAAUGUUACAGUUAUGUGGGAACUGUCCAAUUUCCUUCAAAGACAGGGUUAGAGGCCCUGGAAAUAGAAGCCCCAGCAAUAGCUGACCCAAUUAAUGAGAUAAUCAGAAAAUCGCCAAACUAAGUGAAAAUUGGUUAAUCAUCAAAUUCUCCUCUUCAAUUUGUUUUAUAUAAAUUAUCUGUCAAGGUUCCGACUAAUGAAACACUGCAAAGAACUUCCAGGCAUUGUUUAUCCUAAAAAGCCUUUAUUACAGUGUAACAGAAUGUCGGCACAGCAUGGAUGGAUGUCAAGAUCUGAAAUCUCCACCCCAGAGCAGUUAUUUUGCUAGCAUUUUCCCUUCCUCUUUUGCUGUCAUAAUUCACGUUGUCCAACCAGCCUGGGGGGCAAAGGUUCACUUCCUUCUGAAGCCCUGGUAAUUACUCUAUCACAUUCUUUCUUCUCUCUCCCAGCAUCAUCUGAAUUAACUCUAAAAGUACCAGACAGUUCUGCAUAUUUUGUCAAAGCAAGAAUAUUCAAUAUUAGCAGCGUUGACAUUAUCAUUUUUCCCCUUUUUGAUGCUGCUGCUGUACCUCAUAUGCAACGUAAGAAAUCAAUUUUAAUAACAAUUACAGUUAAUCUUUGACUUAUGAUUGCAGCUGGGAUUGGAAUUUUGGUCACUAAGGAGUGUAUUUAUUAAGCAAGUCAUUAUAUGACUGGAGUGGAUUUUAUGACCAUUUUUACCAAGGUUGUUAAGCGAAUCAUGUGGUUGUUAAGUGAAUGGUGUGGCCAUUAAGUGAAUCCAGCUUUCCCAAUUGACUUUGCCUGUUGGAAGCAGCUAGAACGAUUGCAAAUUGUAAUCACCUGGCUGCAAGCACUCUAACCAUUGAAAAUGCAAGCUGGUUGUUAAGCAUCCAUAUUGCUAUGAUAGGACCAUAGGGGUGAUGCAAAGAUCGUAACUUCAAGAAUGCGUCAUAUGUCACUUUUUCCAAUACCUUCAUAACUUUGAACCAUCUUUAAAUAAAUGGUCAUAAGUUGAGUACUACCUGUAAUUAUGUUAAAGUUCUUCGCUCUGUCUUGAAUAAAUACAAAAUCAGUUGCAAAUUGCUUCAAGGCACCUAGAUUCAGCAUCUGUAUUUAGCAGAUCUAUAAGAGUUUAGUCCCAUUUCUAAAUCCAUAAGACUUUUUCUGAUCCUGUAUUAAUAUUCAUUGUUUAUACCCCCAUUAAUUAUGCGCCAUAUAACAUAGAUGCUGAGAAAUUUUGUCUAAGCUUCAAUGGAUUUGGUGAUGAUGAUGAUAAUGACAACAUUGAAGAUGCAAGACAAAAAGAACAAUGUGGAGCAAAAGUUAUAAUAAUUGACAUUUGUGUAUAAAAUCUCGAGAUAAAAAUAUUCUUUAUCUGAAAUAAAUAUUAGUGUCCAAAAUGACAUCUAUAGAGACCAACUAAUCUGUUGGUGGAAAAAUUAUCCUUCAUUGUAUAGGUAAUCCUUGAGAUGCAAGUUUCUCAAUAUUUAUAAUAAGCAAAACAGGUUCUCUUCAAAAAGCUUUUUAUAACAUUGAUAAGAUGCUUUACUAUUAAAUGAAACAGAUAUGCAUUACUAUUCAAAUAAUGUUAAUUAUGUUGAUACGUGCAGUGUGUACAUUUUAUAAGGGAUCAUUGAAUUUCACUCAUUUGAAACCACAUUGGUAUUUGUACCCAUUCCUUUUACAAAAUAUGCUUAAAAGUUACAGAAAAGCCUGAACAGUUAAACUUCUAAUUCUAUAAAAUGCUCUAUGUUUAUAUUUCUUUUAUUGGACAGAAUUAUCCCAUGUUUAAUAGAUAGACUUUCAAUGGAUUGAAAGCUCAACUAGUACCUUUGCUUUCAGAAAUUAAGACAUUAAUAAGUGCUAUAUCAACUAUAUUUAAGAUUCUCAGAAAGUUGAAACAACUUUAUCUCUUGACCUAACUCCUGUUUUUCCUAACUCCUGGACUUUACUAUUUUUGCCCUUUGAACAAAGCGUCUCUUAUCACUGAUGCUGUGUAGUCAGAGCUGAACAAGAAAGAAAAUAGAAAUCUUAUCCUCCAACAAUCUCAAUUAUUUAUCUGGAGGAAAAAAAAUCAUGAAGUUCUUAGAUCCAUAUAAAGCACAGUUUGAGUCUAACAGAUUGCACAUGGCUAGGAUUCAUCUACCAUGAAAUUUCCUUCAAGGUUCUUGUUCUUGGUCCCACCGGUGUGCAAAAUAUUUCAAGCUCAACUUAACUCAAAUUAUUCUAUUGCUAAUUAGACAACAUCAGCAAUAUUUUCAGUAAUGUCCUGGAUCAAUACCUCAGCAAUGAAGUCGUCUGAAGGAUAAUUAGUUUCUGUCAAAACGUGUGAAGUUUAAGGUGGGCAAGAUUGGAAUCAAUGGUUCCCAAGCCAGAGGUGGUUGCUGCUAUUUAAAUGUAGAAUAAUAUCAUUUGAUUUCAAGAUCUCCAAGCAUGGUGCUAAGUACCUGUUAAUUUGAGAAAGCAGAAGGAAGAAGUCUCAUGUUUAAACUGCUGAGAGAAUAAAAGUCUUUACGCCUUUGCACUAGCAGUGGGAAUGUGGUAUGUGAUUUCAAUUCUGGUCUGAGGUUAUUUGACUCUCACCCUACCUGUUUGCAGUUCUGCUCUUUUCCUUAGUCAUCUGUCAGCUGAUAUAUUCAGAAGAGACUUCUAAUUGUAGCACAUUGCAUUCUACAUCUUUCUGUGGGAGAAUGCAGUAAACCAGACAUUUUCACACCCUCUUUCCUUUCUGUUUUCCAUUUUUCCCCUUGUCUCUGUCCUCUCAAUAAGUAGUUCCCUUGGUGACCAGUUUAAUGACAACACAAAACAGAACUGUGAUGUCACAAUUAUAUUUUCUGUUCCUCACCAUAGUAGGAGAGGUAAACUGAGUUGAUGAGCCAAUUGUAUGGCUAUAUUUCUUAGAUUGACUUACUACUUGUAAAUGGAAAUACUAAUUUUGCCAAGUCUUUCUGAAAGCAAGCUGCUGGCUACUCUGUCCCUCCUCCCCAUUUCUCUUUUUAUUCACAGCUAUAUUAGGUAUUUUUUAUAGAUUGAUCUCAAUAACCUCAUUAAUGAAAUGCAUAGAAAAACAGAACCAGAAUCAAAAGUUUAUUUUUCUAGUACCUUACCUAUUAUGGCUUCCUUCAGGUGCAUGCAUUAAAUUGUCCUUUAAGUUCAACAAUGCAACACAGGCACCAUCAAGGGUUCUUCAGCUGGAAAAAAGAAGUAAUUUUCUUCGUUAUGGAUUUGCAGUAUGUGAACUUCCUUUUUAUGAAGUAUGCCAGACAAAUGUAUCCAGGAUUGAGUGCACAGAACUAGGAUGUUGUUACCACAAAGAGACAUGCUAUAAGAAAGCUGUACCAAGAUAUAUGAAAGCAUUUGUUGCCUUAAUAGUUAUUAUACUGGCAGUGUUCACUUUAUUUAUGCUGAAAAGUUGUUUAGGUGGGAAAGAAAAUUUGGCAGCCCAGAAAAAGGAAAACAAAGAAGAUAAGGAAAGUAUAACUGAUACAGAUAGUACAAGUGAAUCUGAAGAAGAGGAAGAUGAAGAAGACUAGGUUAAUGCUUUGAAAUAUAUAUUUCAGAAUAUUGAAGAAAGAUGAUACUGAAGAUGUAAGAAGAACUAUGUUGCUGUACGGAUUUUAUUAACUGUUAAGCAUGCAUUUUAUUCAUUUUAUUCACUGAGACUGCAGAAUUACAAAAAAGAAUUUAGAUUUUAAUUAGUUAUAGCUUGAUUGGUUGUUAGUUAUUAAAGUUAUCUACUAUGACCAUUGUGGAAGGGUGAGCCACUUGAUGUAUCCUAAAAAAAUGUCCUAGUUAUCCAGCCACAGUUGUUCUAUGCCUCAUUUGAUAUAAUUAAAUAGAGCGGGGGACAUCCUUUUGCAGAGCUUUAGAUUCCUCCCUACACUACACACUGUCACUGGGAUGAUCCUUUCUCCCCUCUUGUUGGAGAUUGUGGAACUUCUUUACAACGCCUCAUUAUUUUGCUGUAUGAAUCCAAACCACAGCCCAUUAAAAAAAAGAAUUAUCUGAAGGAUGAUUGGAUGACUGUUGCACUGAAAUGAGCAUCGUAAUUCACAGGUAAUGCAUAAGUCUGCAUGAGAAAUCAGCUAUGUAAAAGCCUUGUGUAGGAACAUGGCAUAAUCUUUCACAGGGCAUCCAUUUUAUUCUUGACAGAUAAAUCUUUCUCCAGAAAAGAAUACAAAAGUAUAUACAAAUAGACUAGAAAUAUACAAAAUGUUAUCCCAUUUUAAAAGCAAGAUUAAAGAUAAGGUAAAAUAUGAGCAAAACAAAAACCAAAAAAUCUGUUCCCACUUUGGUAGGUUUGUGAAAUUUUACAGAACUUUAUGCAUACAUGAUUGGUCAACAUUAUUGGCAUAGUUCCUUCUCCAAAUAUAUCCCACCUUUUGUUGCAUUUUAAUUCCAUAGGGAAAUAUCAAAAUCAUUAUCCUAUGCUGUCAGUGUCUCCCAGCUGGUAUUUUUUGUCAAAUAUUGUUAGGGAAUUUAAUUAUUAGUAUAUAUGGUAAAAUCAUUGCUAGGGUCACUAUUAUGUGCAAGUACAUUCUUUUCAAGCACAAUACUUCCCAGUUCAUCAUCAAUGUUACCAAAUGCCUCUUUGUCCAUAUUUUUGAAUAGCUCCUUCUCUUCCCUGAAUCUCAAACACACUUUUUUUUUCUUUAGAGUUAAAUUUGGAGUGUUGCUUUAUCAAGCCCGUUUAUUGUUACAGGCACUAGCUGAUUGCAAAUGUACAUCAAUUCUCCCCCACCUUUUAAAAAGGGCCAAUCUCUAUGGUAACCAUAUUACAGAAACAAUCCUUUUGCUUGGUCUUACUUAAAUCGUCCUUCAGAAAAAGGUCAUUUGGCAUCAACAUUUUCUGGCUAAAUCGUGAAAUGUUAGUUGAACUCAAACUGUUCUUGCUCCUUGGCCCAUCAUUUGGUUUUAUUCCUUUCCAUCUCUUUUACUAUCCAAAUAUAUGUUAUUCAAGAAGUUAUUAAAACAAUGCAAGAUGUAUCUUUCUCAGGGUUUACAAGUGCAAUGGUUGGCAGGGUUUUGAAAGAUGAAAAUUUUCUUCCAGAUCGUAUCUAUUAAAUAUAUUAAAUUCAUAUACACAGACCCAACUUCUUGUUGUUACCUAUUUGAACUUGCUCUUCUGUUCCAUGAAUGCCAAUAUGAAUUAGAAGCAUUCUAAGGCAACUGAUUAGACAUCUGAAAUGGCUAAAAAAAGAUUCCCAUUAUACUGAAAAAAAAAUUGAUUUAAUAAAGCUGGCCAAAAAAAAAAAAAAA